AUGCUGGCGCGGGCAGGGCUCCGGGCCGGGCCCAGCCUCGGCCUAUUUCAGCGCUCUCAGCAGCUGAAGCGUUCAGCAUGGCUGGCCCAGGCACCACACCGCUUGAACUCUGGCCUGCCUGUGAAUAUUGGGGUGCUUUUUGUGCCACAGCAGGAGGCUUGGGUAGUAGAGAGGAUGGGCAAGUUCCACCGAAUCCUCGAGCCUGGUUUGAACUUCCUCAUCCCUCUACUGGAUCGGAUUCGUUAUGUGCAGAGUCUCAAAGAAAUUGUCAUUAAUGUCCCAGAGCAGUCAGCUGUCACUCUAGAUAAUGUCACCCUACAGAUUGAUGGUGUGCUCUAUCUGCGGGUUAUGGACCCCUACAAGGCUAGCUAUGGAGUGGAAGAUCCUGAGUAUGCAGUGACCCAGCUGGCCCAGACCACUAUGAGAUCUGAACUUGGCAAACUCUCCCUUGACAGAGUCUUCCGGGAGCGGGAGUCCCUCAAUGCCAGCAUUGUGGAUGCCAUCAACCAGGCUUCAGACUGCUGGGGCAUUCGAUGCCUGCGCUAUGAGAUCAAAGACAUCCAUGUGCCCCCACGUGUGAAGGAAUCCAUGCAGAUGCAGGUGGAGGCAGAGCGACGGAAGCGUGCAACAGUGCUGGAGUCAGAGGGGACGCGGGAAUCAGCUAUCAACGUGGCUGAGGGGCAGAAGCAGGCCCAGAUCCUGGCUUCAGAAGCUGAGAAGGCUGAACAAAUCAACAAAGCUGCUGGAGAAGCCAACGCCAUGCUGGUCAAGGCCAGAGCCAAGGCAGAGGCUAUUCAGCUCCUGGCAGCUGCACUGGCACAGCAGCAUGGCAGUGCUGCUGCUUCUCUCUCUGUGGCAGAGCAGUAUGUGAAUGCCUUCUCCAAGCUUGCCAAAGACUCCAACACCCUCCUGCUGCCUGCCAACACUGGUGACGUCACCAACAUGGUAGCACAGGCCCUGGGCAUCUACUCCACACUGACCAAAGCGCAAGCUGUGAAGACCCAGGAGGAGAUGCCCACAGCCCGUGAGGACCCCCAGCCUCCCCCCACAGAGGCACUUAAGGCAGAAGAGUCAAGCUCCAGCUAGCGGGGUGGGAAGGGUCCCACACCCUUGCCCAGGUGCUGCUGAGUGCUGGCAGUCCUCAGUUAGAUGCUCUUCUUUUUCCUUCUGUCCUUAUUUUGUAUUUGGGUUUAAAUCAUGUAAUAAAUGGUAGCAGUGCUGCUGCAGUUCCCUGGUGCUGGGGGGCCCAACCUGUGACUCCUCUCUGCCACCAGAGGGGCACCGUCGUUCCUAAGUAUGCUCCUGCCAGGAGUGCAUAAGACUGUGGGUGGAAAUUGUUGAGGUGCAACUUACCUGUCUUAGCUGUGAAUGCUGGAAAAAUUUUCCAAUCAAAAUGAUCAGAUUUUCUAUAAACCAAGGAGUUUAUUAAUUUUUACUUCAGCCACUAAUACACUGUCUGCUCAAUCCAUAAAACUGGAUAAGGAAGCUAAAACAGUGUAGUAUUAAAAAAAAUGCAGCUGAGGCUGUAAUACAAAAUUAAGUGCCUGGGAGGAACCAGGGAAGCUGAACUUUUGCAUGCAACUAUUUCUGAAUGUCGUUUUCACGAUCCGU